AUGUAUUCAACUGAUAUAUCAGACUGCACAAAAAACUUUGACCACAACAACAACGGUCAGCAACAAUUUAAAGAGAUUUUACCAAAUCAACCCAAAGAAGCCGAGUAUAAGAAUGCGGAAAAGGGUCCUCAGCAGAAGGCCGCGGAUAUAACAUCCACACAAAAACCUAAAAUCUUGCCAAAUUUGGCGUCCGUGCCUGAGCUUAACGGGCAAUCUAACGGGAAGCUUCAUAGCUCUGGGGUAUCGGGCGUGCAUAAUGUACCGUUGCCUACUAACGAGGAACUUGAGAGCCAAAAUGUAGUGGGACAUUUCGAAUUAGUUGGGCUUCGUGUAUUGAUGGUCCAUAAAAAUGGACAAAUCAUAUACAAAUUACCUGGAAAUAUGUCAGUACAGUCUCUUCCGGUAGAAACAAGGGAGUUACUCAUGGAGAAGAUCAAAGAAAUACAUAGGACCUAUUUGGAAACACCAGCUCUCACUAGCACAAACAAAGAAUCAACAGUGAACGCGUCAAACCUUACAGUUCCCGCAGCAGAUACGCCACAAUCUCAGUCAUCAAGACCACAAAGUUCAUUAAAUGCACCCGCUACUAAUCAAAUCGGCCACAAUAGAAUGAUUGCCUCCCAAUCCUUACAAACACAACAACCAUAUCAAUCAUUAAGACAUAAUAAUAAUAGUAGUAGUUCAUUAACUACACCUACCACGAAUCACAUUUCACACAAUCGAAUGAUUGUACCACAGCAAAAUAAUGUCGAUUUAGAAACCAACAAAUAUUCCACAAAAUCAUAUUUAUCAUCAUCAGCAUCUUCAUUUCCGACAGCACAAUCCCCUAUGAAGUCAUUAUCCUCAAAAACUCUUCCUUCCUCAUUAUAUUCAACUACUGGCAUAUCUUCCACCCCCACCCCCACAAAUAAUGAGACUUCGACAAAACCGACGCGAAAAUAUAAUAAAACAGGACGAUACUCUAAAAAAAGACCUCAUCAGAGAACAAUAGCACAACCAGCGGUGCACAUGACUGAUUCUGCGCAAUCGCAGGUACAAUACAGCUUUGCACAGAGAUUGGCCGAGGAUCAUCGAGCUGUUUUGUAUCCCGAUUAUAAAACACCAUUCUCAUCAUUUGGAGAUGUGCUGAAUCGACUCUUACCGUAUCAUAUAUAUCAAUAUGCCGAUGAAGAGCUUGACUCGAAUAAAAAUACAUCAACAGAGGAAGAAGAUGUUAGGUUUGCUUUCCGCUCCCUAAAGAGACGAAAAGUUAUAUAUGACAAAUUUCAUGAUAUUCUUCGAAAAGAAGCAGAGCGCUUAGCCCAAAUCACGCCAUACAACCAGCUCGCCAAUGUCUCCAUAAUGUGGGCAUAUAUUAUCUUGAUGGAAGAGGUAGUUCGUGAGACUUUCCGUCAGAUCAUUUCUCAUGUACUUUUAUGCCUCCAAUCCUCAAUUCCCGAGGGAAACGGGUGGGCUCCAAUAUGGUCACCUAUUGGGUAA